AUGCUCGACGAGAAAAGUGUUAAGAAAUCCACGUGUGAGCAGAGCAACACAUUUGCUCCUCGGAAUAUUUUUGCUCUCGAGGACCGCACCAGGCAGACUUCAACCCGCCUCAAAGAACAUCUUCGAGGCACCAAGCCAGCAAGCACCGACCCGCGACGAUGCCAGCUCGCACACUGCGCCCCACCCCUGCUCGCACUCCGUGAACGGGACCUGCUCGUGGACGUGAUACUCGACGUCGUCACACGAAACGGUUCCAUAUAUGAUAGGCACUUCGUGGCGCGGAUAUACCGGAACGAGAUCAGAGCACGGUUCAACGCGAAGGUGGCGGUGUACACGAUGGGGAUGCUGGAGUGCGCGUUUGACGAGAACGUCGAGGUGAUCGUUUGGGCGGUUUCGGAUGAGAGGGGGAGGCUUGAUGGUCUGGAGUCGGAGACGUGA